UAGCUGCUAAGCGUGGUGUGAACCCAAAAGAAGGGGCAUUUCCUAUUGUUUUAAUGUCAAAAAUGCCUUAAGCUUGACCUCUCGAAGAAACUCGCUCUCUUUCUCUUCCCAACCCAAGCCACCCCAGCCUUACCCUCUCUUCAACAAACGGGAUGCUUUUUCUUGAAAGUUGAGACAAUGCAAAACACCCCCCAGAAAAAAUUUCAAGAAAAAAGGAAAAGCUUGGAAGUUUGAAGAGAGACAAAUAGAAAAGCCCAAAAUGAAGGUGAAGAAGAAAGGCAGAGUGUACCCUUCUCUAUCGUCACCUCCCUCAUCACUAGAUUCGUAUAGAGAUCCUAACACUGUGUUCAAGCUUCUCCCAGUAGCAAUUCUAGCUCUAGCCUCAGCUCUCCCACCCCAAGACCAAGAAGUCUUGGCUUACAUGAUAACAAGGUCCAUCAUUUCCACCACAAAUCCAUCAACCCUCACCCAUCAACCCAAGAACAAGUGCAAGAAAAGCAAAAACCAUCUUUUUCAAUGUGGAUGCUUUGAUUGUUACACCAGGUUUUGGCACAGAUGGGAUUCUUCACCCAACAGGGACCUUAUUCAUCAAGUCAUUGAGGCCUUUGAAGACCAUUUGAUGCAAAAUGAGGUAUCCAAGAAACACUGUAAAGCUUCCAGGAAGAAAGAUAAGGUAAUGCUGAGCAUUUGUGAAUCCAAUGCUGUAUCUGUUAAUGCAUUACAAGAAGAGCAGUCCCAAGAUAGUGAAAGAUUGAUGGUUGAAAGUGAGGGCUUGGAGGCUGAGAACAGUGGUGGCUGUGAACAAGAAGGUGAAGAAAAUGUGGGUGAGGAGGUGACGGGAAACCUGGAAAUGGAGGUGGUGGCUGUAUCAACUGCGGUUAGCCAUAAGGGUUUGGCCAGGAAGGUUUUGCCGGACGUGGUGGGCUUAUUCAACUCUCGUUUAUGGAGCCUGUGGGGUCCCAGUGUCUAGGAGCUAAUUUUCCUUUCUUUGUUUCAUUUUCUCGAGAAAAACUUGCUUCGUUCCAGCUGUUUUCCGACUUGCAUCCUUUCUUAUUGUCAUUGUCGCACUGUUGUCAGUCAAAUUGGUUGCAUAGUUCAGGGGCUAAAGGGCUGAAAGAAAGUGUAGUUUGCAUGAAUUAAUCACAUUUCAUCGUGACAGUUGGCAAUGCCUUAAUUUUGAUUUCAAAGCGAAAUCUAUGUUAAUUUUAUUCUUUC